AUGAUCUAUGAUCUCAACAUCAACUGGUCACCGUCCACGACUGCAUCGGCUCUGGAAGUUACACUCCGCCAAGCAGCCGUCCUCGGCUUCGACGUCGUCGCCAUCAACCACGCAAUCAACAAGCUCCCCAUCCCUUCGCCCAUAACCAACCCACUCCCGCUGGUACCCCAGUCCAAGACCCUUCCGACCGUGCUCCGCCGCGCAACUGUCCAGUAUGCCGACCCACGCGACAACCACCGGCUCGACGCCGUCGCCGCCGCCUUUGACAUACUUGCCGUCUGCCCCACGAACGAGGCCGCAUUCAACCACGCCUGCGUCAACCUCACAGAGCCCAGUAUCCUCACCCUCGACCUGGCCGCCAACCUGGGCUUCUAUUUUCGCCCCAAGAGCGUCAUGGCUGCCGUGCGCCGCGGCGUCAGGAUAGAGAUUUGCUACAGCCAGGGAGUCGGUGCCCGUGAUUCUCGGUCUAGGGCCCUCUUUGUCGCGAAUCUGGUCGGGCUGCUCCGAGCCUCUAAGGGCAGGGGCCUGAUAGUGUCGAGCGGCGCGGCCGCCGGUUCACCUGGACUGCUGCGGGCCCCCGCCGACGUGGUAAACCUCCUGGCCGUGUGGGGUAUGGGCACCGAGAGAGCCCUGGACGCUCUCAGCGGGAACCCCAGGGGUGUGGUUGUGAACGAGGGUAUCAAGAGGAGCGCGUUCAGGGGCGUAAUAGACGUGGUGCAUGGCGCUGGCGCCGCGGAAGGCGAGGAAAAUGGGGGCGAAACCGCAGGCACCAUGGCGGGCGAGAAGAAGGGCAAGCAGGGAGGUAGCCAAGAAAAGGGUCUCAAAAGGAAAAACGGCGAGCAAACCGGUGCUGGCGACGACCAGAAGCUCAGCAAGAGGCAAGCAAAGAAGCAAAAGCAGCAGAGUCAGGUUGUAAAACAAAGUAGAGGAGCAGGCAAAGGCUAA